UGCCAACAAUAAACGUGGAUCCCUAUAUUGUUGCCGGUAGCCAGCAGUUUCCCCCGAUAUUCUUUGCGUAGCUCAAGGCCAGUCAACAAAAUGGAGAGUUUACCAAGACACACUCUUUUAUAAUAUUGUAGAUCCAUAGAGAAAUUUCUGUUCAGUGAGCUGGAACGGAUCGGAGCCUACGCCGGCAGAGACCUCUGCAAAAACUUUAACCAUUGCUGAGACAAGGAGGUUCCUCUUGUUUUCAGAUGGCAAAUAAGCUCAGGUUGGAGGGUAAAGUAGCUGUAAUAACUGGUGCUGCAAGUGGCAUUGGUGAAGCAACUGCUAGAUUGUUCGUGGAACAUGGGGCUAGUGUAGUCAUUGCUGACAUUCAAGAUGAACUUGGUCAUCAAGUAGUGGCGUCAAUCGGAACCGACAAGGCCAGCUACCGCCAGUGCGACGUCACCGACGAGAAACAAGUCGAGGAAGCUGUCGCCUACGCCGUCGAAAAAUACGGUACCCUCGAUAUCAUGUUCAGCAAUGCCGGCACCCUCGGCAGCCUCAGUUCCGUUCUCGACAUGGAUAUGACGCUUUUUGACCAGACGAUGACUAUUAACGCACGAGGAUCGGCAUUAGCCGUCAAGCAUGCAGCUAGAGUCAUGGUAACUAAAAAAAUUCAAGGCUCCAUCAUAUGUACGGCAAGCGUAGAGGCUAUUUUAGCGGGUGCAGCUCCGUUAGCCUACGUGGCGUCGAAGCACGCCAUCCUAGGCGUGGUAAAAGCGGCGGCACGUGAGCUGGGACAAUACGGAAUUAGGGUGAAUUGUGUAUCGCCUUAUGGCAUCGCGACGCCAAUGGUAUGCAAAACGUUCGGCGGAGAUGCCGCCCCUAUUGAAGCUUCAAUAUCUGGAAAUGCUAACUUGAAAGGUAUUACAUUGAGCACAAAGCAUAUUGCAGAAGCAGCACUUUUCUUGGCGUCGGAUGAGUCGGCUUACGUUAGUGCUCAUAAUUUGGCUGUCGAUGGUGGCCUAAGUUCUAUUAUGAAGCUAGAUUAAAUCCUCCUCUAAUUUCAUGUACAAUACUGCUAUUCCCUCCCAAGAUCUUUUUUAGUUGUUAUAGUCUCUAAAGGGCUCAUUUGUUUUUAUCAAGAUUAAGAUAUCGGGAUUCCAAUAUACAUUUGAAUAUUAAAGUGUUG